UCUGCAUGCAAUAACGCACCCUGCGGAUGCCCUGUAAUGCUGAAAUUACCAGAUUGGGUUCACCCAUCUUUCGCUGACUAAGGAAUUCGCGAUUUGCACUCAUUCUUGCACUCAUUACACCUCAUACUCGCGAAAUUAUCCUUGCUACAGUACUGUGCCCUUGCAAUGUGCGUCUUGCCUCAUAAACUCCGGAAAAUUCGCCGCCCUCUUUUUACCAACCCAAAUCCUUCAUCACCAUGACCUCUAUCGAGACUCUAUCGAAACCCCUUCAACUUCCCCUCACACCUGGCGUUCUAGAACUCAUCAACGCCCAUCUAUUACAGCUUCAGCCAGAGCAGAUACUAGCAUGGGCUAUCGAGUAUCUUCCCAAUCUUUACCAGACUACGGCAUUUGGACUGACAGGGCUUGUCGCCAUUGAUAUGCUCUCGAAAUUAACCACUUCACCACCGCCACUGAUAUUUCUCGAUACGCUGUAUCAUUUCAGAGAAACUUACGAGCUGGUCGAAGAAGUGAAACUGAAAUAUCGCACCCCUUUGCACGUGUACAAACCUGCAGAAUGCCGCACUGUGGAAGAUUUUGAAGCCAAAUACGGUCAAAAAUUAUGGGAAAGUGAUGAAGAUACCUAUGACUUUGCCGUCAAGGUAGAACCUGCACGAAGGGCAUAUGCUGAACUCGGUGUUCAGGCUGUGAUAACAGGCAGGAGAGCUUCGCAAGGUGGCGAUCGCGCAUCUCUUCAGCCACUGGAAGUUGAUUCAACGGGAUUACUGAAGCUGAACCCACUAUUCGAGUGGACCUUCCCAAUAGUGGAAUGGUACAUAAGUGAAAACAACGUCCCUCGGAACAAACUUCUAUCACAGGGGUAUCGUAGCGUUGGUGACUGGCAUAGUACCGUGAAAGUCGGUGAGGGUCAAGGCGAGCGAGCAGGUAGAUGGGUUGGAAGGGAAAAGACGGAAUGCGGUCUGCAUAAAGAUUAUUUUACAAUGAAGAAACAAGCAAUGAGAGCUUCGGCUGAACAAGAUCAUCUUCCACGGUAGAACAGACACUCGGUACACGCUUCGAUUCUAAGUAUAUCAUCAGGCUUUGUUCUCGUCCUGUAAUUAUUAUACUGUAAUUCGAGUAAAUCAAUGGAUUUCAAUUCAUCUUACAUUAAGUUAAUGUUCAUUUUUCAGU